AUGCGUUCGUACAUUACGUUACUCGUCAUGCGGUCCAGCAAAAGAGAGUAUAUGCCUUGGAGGUGGACAAUGCUGCACAAAUUCAACGUGCUUCCAAUCUGAGGUGAGUUACCACAAAACUGUAACACUCAAACUUUCAGGUUAUGAAUGUACCAGGUAUUUGUGUCGCGAAACUGCUAAGUCGUAUUAG